AUUCUCUUCCGCUCGCUGAGCGACCGGGACCCGUGGAGCCGAGAAAAAAAGGAUGGGUGGCUGCGCGCUGCGCCGCAUUCGUAAUGGCGAUUCACCAACCCCAUCUGCGGAUUUUCUCCGGAGUAGCUCCCCUGUAUGCCCGGGGCUGUAACGCAACUCAAAAGCUCACACUGUUGUGAAUGAGGGGAUGCAUGACGUCAGCGUUCGAAUGUCAACAAUGUAGCGAUUGAGAGUAGGCGUUCCAUUAGAGCGUAACAAACAGCGGAGAAGGAGAAGCACGCCGUAUUAGAUCGAGACGCCUAUUGACGUCUGCUUAAUAAUAGUUUUAUAGCCGACGAGAUACCAUUUUUGCACGGCGAAAAACCUGAAACCCUACAUCGAAACGUAAUCUUCCCGCAUCCUGGGAGGGUUAAGAAACUCUGGAAGGAAGUCACCAUGCGAAAAAAAAAGAUCUAAUUUUGUAAACGGACAUAAAGGCUGGACUGCAGGAGAAAAAAGCGAAAGUUAAAAGGGCGUGAGCGGAAUGUCCGUGGAUGAGAAGCCUGAGGCCCCCAUGUACGUGUAUGAAUCGACGGUCCACUGCGCCAACGUGCUGCUGAGCCUCAACGACCAGCGCAAGCGCGACGUGCUCUGCGAUGUGACUGUGCUGGCCGAGGGCAAGGAGUUCCGGGCACACCGUGCGGUGCUGGCCUCCUGCAGCGAGUACUUCCUGCAGGUGCUCGUGGGUCAGGCCGAGCAUGAGCUGGUCAUCGGCCUGCCCGAGGAGGUUACUGCCAGGGGAUUUGCCCCAUUGUUGCAGUUUGCCUACACUGCUAAGCUGUUACUGAGCAGAGAAAACAUCCAGGAGGUCAUUCGCUGUGCCGGAUUCCUGCGCAUGCACAACCUGGAGGACUCCUGCUUCCGCUUCCUGGAGGCCCAGCUCCUGAGCAAGGGAGACGGCCUCCUGCGGUGCCGUAAUGUGGAGGACGACAAUUCGGAGGAUGAGCACAUGCAGCCUGAGGCUACCGGGACCAGCUCUUCGCGGACGAAGCUCCGACCCGAAGCUGCAACCUCCCCUCGUCUCUUGGAUGAGGAGAGCCUGGCUAUGCCCAUCUCCGGUAGCCUCGCCGAUGGCCACGCACGCAUUGAAAGACAUGGCUCCUCGGACCUUCCCCACUGCCCGAAAUACCGGAAGUACCAAGGGGCCUAUGGCAAGCACAAUAAUGGCACCUCCUCACAUACCAGUACCUCAGGUAUCUCUGACACGUUUACUGAGAACAGCCCCUAUGGACAAACUCGGUUGGUGAUCACGCAGAUCAAGGACGAGCCACCGAUGGUGGAAGACACCCUCCCGCUGUGCCUGUCCGGAGACGAGCAGGACUCCCGAGAAACCAAUGGCGUGUCAGAGAUGGAGACGGACUGCAGACCGCACAGCCCCACAUCCGUAGAAAGAACCUGGGAUUCAAAAUCACCCAACUGCCUCCAUUCGCUCUUCAAGAAAGACACCCACUUGGUAGGUCUUCCCGAUGCCUCGCAGCAGCUGUUCGCUGACCGAAUUUCUUGUCCCCAAGACAAAAGGGCUACUCAGGGUGACCACAAAAAGGAUUAUGGGUCAUUUUCUGGGGAGUUGGGGUUGUCGGUAACAUCUUUCAAGGAGGGUGAUGGUUUCCCGAUCGGGAUCACGUUGAAGGGAACUUCCUGCGACAGGGUCUACAAGCAGGAAAUGGAACUGGAUCGCAGGAGUGUUAUUUUUUCCUCAGGAGCUUGUGACCGAUCGGGAACCCCAGCGCAUUCUUAUCCAGACGGGAACGCUUUGGAUAAGGAGCUCUCAGAGUUCAUGCCAAAGGACGCAAGGGGGGGCACAAGUCAGUCCCUGCCGUGUUCCCAGACAUACUCGCCUGGUGCGACCGUGGCAGAGCCCCUGCUACACUGCCGCUCGCGCCCGAAGUCCAGCUGCCCCGUGCCGAUUAAGGUGUGCCCCCGGUCCCCACCCUUUGAGACCAGGACGCGCACCUCCAGCUCCUGCUCCUCCUACUCCUAUGCUGAGGACGGGAGCGGGGGUUCGCCCUGCAGCCUUCCCCAGUUCGAGUUCUCCUCGUCCCCCUGCUCCAACGCCACCCGCUGCCUAGCCGCGGAGCACCAGGAUCAAGGGAUGGCCGGUGACGCCAUCUUCACCCAGGCGCGCCCCAAGAUCAAGUGUGAGCAGUCGUAUGGCACCAAUUCCAGCGACGAAUCAGGAUCCUUCUCUGAGGGGGACAGCGAGUCAUGCCAUGUGCAGGAACGAGGGACGGAGGUGAAGCUUCCUUUCCCAGUCGACCAGAUCACGGAUCUUCCACGCAAUGACUUCCAGAUGAUGAUCAAGAUGCACAAACUGACCUCGGAGCAGCUGGAGUUCAUCCACGAUGUCCGGCGCCGGAGUAAGAACCGCAUCGCGGCUCAGCGCUGCCGUAAGCGGAAACUGGACUGCAUCCAGAACCUGGAGUGCGAGAUCCGCAAACUGGUGUGUGAGAAGGAGAAGCUGUUGACGGAGCGUAACCAGCUGAAGGCCUGCAUGGGCGAGCUGUGGGAGAACUUUUCCUGCCUGUCCCAGGAGGUGUGCCGAGAUGGGCAGCUGAGCCCCGAUCAGGUCCAGUCCCUGCAUCGUUACUGCCCGUUCCUGCAUGCUGGGGACGCCAGCGUCAGCCAGUCCCCCACCUUUGCCAGCAGCGACGCCGCCACCAGCAUCGACCUCACUGCCAACCCGGAUUCCCCCCCUCCCGAGCCUGGCUGCUGCACGUCUCCUUGUCCCUCUGACAUAAAGCUGACCUCCAACCAAUGGGAGCCAGGCAAGGGUGCUGAUUGUCUGAGGGGCGUGGCAGUGGGGGAGGAACACAGCGUAGGCCCACCUCUAGUGGGCGGGCCCUCAUUCGAAAGGUGCAGUCAGACCGUAACGGUAGAUUUUUGCCAGGAAAUGACUGAUAAAUGUACAACUGACGAACAGCCCAGAAAGGACUGUACCUAGCAGCGAUGGGGGAGCUCGUUUGAUACAUUUUGUUUGUCGCUAUUCUGCUUGUGCUGUUUUAAAGGUUGACACUACAGUUGUCUUAACAACAGCAAUACAACAGUUUCCAGGUAUCCUUUUUGUAAACCAUGACAAAGUGGAGCCUAGUAUCCUCAAAAUGGUGCUACUCCUUGCUCUCGCAGGGAACCGUGUUUUUAACUCGACUUUUUUCUACGUACCGCCAAACUCGAAGGACCUAAGUCCCACAGCAUUUUUUGUAUCCCAUACCUCCUUUUCUCACUUUCUCCCUGCUCCCCCCAUCUAACUUUCUACCAGAAGACCCUUUUUCAUGGCAGUUUGAUCUCAGGAAAUCUUCUGAAUGUGCAGCAUUGUUCACAAAAAUGUAAAAAAAAAAUACAGAUUCUGUACUUUGAGAGUUUUAUACAACAGACUAAAUGUUUCACUCUUUACUGGAGUUCUUAACUUGUAUUGUACAGACAUUUGUAUUUAAACAUUCCUCUUUUGCCUUUACAGCCCUGGAGGGAAGGAAUGAUGGAGAGAGAGCAAAGUGAUUACCAGUCACUCCCAAUAUGUGUGUGUGUGCGCACACACACACACAAACACACACACGUGCACACAUACACACAUUUUUGGAGACUUCCAACUCACUCCUGUUUUAAUGAUCCUUAACCCUAACUAUAAAACAAAAACUCAAAAAAUGAAUAACAAGCAAAAAGUCUGACAAAAAAUACAUUGUUUGUGUACAUGUCUCUAUAUUAAAAUGUGAUUAAAAUCACGAACAUCAGCAGAAUCCCACUCUGUAGAUGGCAUUUUUACGUUAAAUUUAGUAAUACUUUUUUUUUCUGUUGCCACUUAAACACACAAUUGGAUAUUUAUCAUCUCAGGUCACUAGGUUUUCAUACACACUCAAACACACACUUAAUCCCCUUUUGUCAUAAAUUAAAACCUUGUUAGGCAAUAGUGUUCUAGACCCAUAGUGUUUAAAGCUAAACCUGAAAUAUAUAUAAGUCCUCGGUGUUAUUUUGUAACUAUAUCAAGGUGAAAGAAAAGAUAGGAAACUAUGUUAUACUCGACAUAUGCAAGAUAUUUAUUUGGCUUGUGGGAGUUUUACGCAAAAAUGGGCCCAUGCAACUAAAGGAGGUGGGACCAACCAAUUAAAUGUCUUGGUCCUGCCUCCUCUAGUUGCUUAGAUCCACCUCCUCUACGAUCUGAUUGGUGAUCUCUCUGAACCAAUUAUUUUUUGUUCUGCCCCCAGAACAUUUUUCUGUAAGUAUAAUUCAAUUGACCAUUCACUUGUUCUCAUUGGCUCAUAAGUAAAUUUUGGUAUGUUCUCUGUUAUCAGAGUGUUUGCGUAGAAUUUUCCUUGUCCUGACAGAUUUGCAAAUUAUGCACCACAACUCUAGCACAAAAAAAUGAAAAAAUGGAAAAAAAAGGAAUCAGUUGGUAAGGUAAAUAUUGUAGAUGCAGAAUGAAGGAUAGAAGCAGAUAAUGAUACUUGUCAAAGUAGUGAUUACAGAUUGUUAUAGUGUUGAAUACACUUUUCCUAUAUAAUAUUUAUAGCUGUAGUCCACGUAGUGCCCUUGUCAUUUUAACUCUUAGUUGCCCUGCUGUUCAAUUCUAAAAAAUUUAAGAUUAAACUAUUAGCUAUAUACGACAUAUUGCACAUGACAAAUGAAUUUUAAUCAUAAUCUGGUUAACCAAUCACUGCCAGGAGCCAUGAAAUGAUAAUAGUGUUUAUAGUAAAUGAAAGUUACUUUUAAUUAAAUUGUUAUUUAAGUGGAUUGUGGUAUGUUGAGUCAGAUUUUACAUAAAUGUAGGCAAGAUGAAUUAAUUAACAUAGACAUAAUGCUGAAGACAAUGGAGUACCUCUAGAACAGCUGUGAAAGGAAAUUUUGUCAUGAUUAUUAUUGAUGUCAGUUUGAUUUAAGUCUGGAAUAGGAGAGUGCUGCCGUUUGGGGGGGUUGGUGUGUGAAUCUUGUGGUUGCAUUGCUAAGAUGACGCAUUUUUCCAUAGAGGCACUAACCUUAUUUGCUGUACAUAUUUAAUACUUAGAGAUACAUAAGACUAAGAUUCUCUGAGCUUUCAGCCUCAGAGAAAAAUAAUCGACUUCUGUAUGUUUUUUACUCCCGUUCAUGUUCACCUUGUCGCUUUAAUAAGACACAAUAGCAAACAUACAAAAGUACAUUUGUUAUCGCAUUAAAUGAACAUGACACCAUGCAGUCAAGUGAGACAUACCAAAACAUAUAUUGUUUUUUUGUGUGUUUUCAUUUGUAUAAGCUUAAUGUAUAAGCUUAGUGUGUAAGCUUCCAACCAGACGGCACAUGUUCAGUGAUUUCUGACUUGCGCACCCAGCCGAUGAACUUUGAGGUUACAUUUCAUAAACAAUCAAAGCUUCUCCUGUACCGAAUUCUAUAAGCUACUGAUUAUUCCGAAUUACUAUUACUACUACUUGCAGUAUUAUAUUAAUGCUGGAAAAAUAGCCAGUGGAUAGCAAUCUUUUUCUGGUCCGUAAUAUUUGUUAACCAUUUAAAGACCUUCUUUGCUCUACUGGAACAUUAUCUCAAAUCCCAGAUGCGUAGGGACUGGUAUUUAUGGACCGGGCAGUGGAAGUGUCCUAUUACUGAGGUAAUGUCAGUACAGAACAGGGCCGAUCUUGGUAAACCUGGUCCUGGGCAUGGUAAUGCUGGCAGAGCCAAAUCCUCGAAGACUGUGUUCUAUCACGAGAGCUUUAAAUUCUACGGCUUCCUUAGCUCUGUCAUUCCAUUAUCGCAAUUCUACAUGCAAGAGAAAGGGCACAGAACUCACUCCUCGCCCUCGAUCACUGCCAUUUUACGUUCCAAAGAAGCACAUUCUCUUACCGUGUUCAUACAAUGAUGCGCCUGGUUCUAUUUCUAAAGUCCAGACGUUCUCGUAAAAUAAUCGUCUCAGGGUGCCAAUGAAAUAUGGUUUUUUUUUUUAAAUCCAUUUUUGAUUCUGGAACAGAUUUUUCUACUGUUAAUUGGUAGGAUUUUUUUUUUUUGUAAUACAGCUGCGAAUUUCUUCUGGAUUUCUCGAAGUCAAUUAUCUCUUACGGAACUAUGGAAUUUGAUUUGCACAAUCAGAUGGGCAUCAACAAGGGCUAAAUGAACUAUUGUUUUGGAGCAAAACCCUUUGGAAAAUUAUUAGUAGUAUUAGUAUUUGGUGUUGAGGAAUAGACAAACACAUUGCCAAUGUUUGAAUUGGAAUGAGCGGUUAAUCUAAAUUGAAAUAAAACUUAAAUGUUCAUAAUGGUGAAGAGUCAGUAUAAGCAAACAAAAUGGCUCUCACCAGAUUUCAGUGCAAUGUUUGUUUUGUUUUGUUUUCUGUAUUUUUCCAAAUUGAGUUUGAGCUGCUUCUGGAGAGAACGGAAAGCGAUUUUCUUGUAUUUGCCUUUUUAUUACAGUUAUUGUUAUGCUCACUGAAUAUACAAUCUGAGAUGGUUAAAAAAAGGAAACCAUGUUUACAAAACCAAGUGUUUAAAUACUUUUGCCAUGUACAUAGAAGUUGCUAGAUUUGGUUGGUAGGUUAGCGUUUUGCUAUUUGUCUAAUAUAAAAAGAAGCCCAUUACUUACUGUGUGUUUCAAAUUGUAUUUGUGUUUCAGAAUUACAUGAGUAUAAUUGCACCUCUUUUGUUUGCCUUAGGGCUUCUAGAGGCCAUAUUCACGUUUGUGAGUAAAGUGGGGUGUAUGCAAAGGCCACAGCCCCCGUCACAGAGAUUACAUACACGCUCACACUUAUCUACCUGUAAAAUCCGUCAUACCUCUCAUACUGGUCAGCGACUGUAUCAGCAAAAAGCAGGUGUUUUGUCUACACGCUUCUUACAGACUCUAGGAGAAUUACUGUAUCAGUAGGUUUCGGUGCGUCCUUUUUAAUGUAAUUUCUCUUAAGCUUUUGUUUUUUUCUGAAUGACUAUUGUGUUAAUUUAGUUGAACAUGUAUAGUUGUUAUUUGCGUAUUCUUUUACUUAGUUUUUGCCUUUUUAUCUGAAAAAAGUCCUGAUAUGGAUUAGACUUUGUAUAACCCAUGUAAAUACAAUAUUGUGCAAAAAGACGUUCAUUUAUUUGAAUUGUUUAAUAAUACAAGUUUUUUUUUGUCUAGAUAACAUUUCUUUUAAUGAAUUAAAGAACAUAUCAUGUAUACAGUUUUUUUUUGUUGAAUGUUAUGAAAAGAGUUUCGUAAAU